AUGGCGUCGCAAGGGCCGCUGAGAUAUGGUAUGUAUUCAUCCGCCGAGGUGCUAGAGUUCGGGAGCGACUGGUCCGGCAGAACGCUGCCGGCCGGGGCGUCGGAUUCCUCGGCGCCUUCGGAGGCCCCGGCAGCCCAGGUAGACAGCUACUUCCACUCGUACGGCUACAUCGGGAUUCACGAAGAGAUGCUGAAGGAUUCCGUGCGGACGGGGGCCUACCAACGCGCCAUCACCCAGAAUCGCCACCUCUUCCAGGAUCGUAUCGUGCUCGAUUUGGGUUGCGGAACUGGGAUUCUAUCGCUCUUCUGCGUCGCUGCGGGCGCGAAACACGUUUACGCUAUCGAGUGUAGCAGCAUCAUUAACCUGGCGAAGGAGAUCGUCGCGAAGAACGGUGCGACUGACAAGGUGACGUUUUUGCACGGCAAGUGCGAAGAGGUCGAGUUGCCAGUUACGGAAGUGGACAUCAUCGUUUCUGAGUGGAUGGGAUACUUUCUGCUAUACGAGAACAUGCUCGAGUCGCUGCUGUUCUGUCGUGACAAGUGGUUGAAGCCGGGUGGGUUGCUGUUCCCCGACCGGGCACGUCUGUACGUGGGUGCCAUAGAAGACGCUGAGUACAAGUCCGACAAGCUGGAUUAUUGGCGCGACACUUACGGCUUCGACUUUUCGUUGAUGCGCGACUACCUGCUCGAGGAGCCAUUGGUUGACAUCGUUGAGGAGAAGACGCUUAACACCACCACCUGCUGCAUCCUGGACCUGAAUUUGCUGACGUGCUCGCUUUCGGACCUUGACUUCACAAGCGACUUCCUGCUUGUUGUGCAGCGCAAGGAUUAUGUGCAUGCUUUGUGCUUCUGGUUUGACGUGACUUUCUCGGCGUGCCACAAACCGAUCACCCUCAGUACCAGCCCCCGCGAGAGUCCCACUCACUGGAAACAGACGGUGUUCUACCUUGUCGACGACCUCAUCGUAGAUUUCGGGGACAAGAUCAAGGGUAUGAUCGCGGUGCGGCGCAACGCGCAUAAUCCGCGCGAUCUAGACGUGAAACUCCACUACCACCACAUGGGUAAGUCCAGCUCCGGUGCUCGUGACGUGUUGCAGGCGCCAAUUUCAGUAUAG